ACAGGACAUAAAAGAGAGGAAUAUCUCCCUAUAUCGUAACAGGAUUCUGGCAUGUUAUUUGACUAGCACUUCGUAAAACGCGCCGGCACUAUGCAACUCAAGGCUCUUUUUGUCACGGCGGGGCUGGCUGGCCUUGCCUCUGCUUCCCCCAAGCCUUCUGUCAACAAGGAGUACCAAAUCACUGAGAACAACAUUAAAUACAACGUCUUUGAGCAUGCCGCUACCAACACACAGCUCAAAUUCGUGAACAACUCUGGCCUCUGCGAAACUACUCCCGGCGUCAAUCAAGUCUCUGGUUACCUCCAAACUGCCGACCAGAACAACUUCUGGUUCUGGUUCUUUGAGUCUCGCAAGAAUGCUGACACUGCGCCGCUUGUUCUCUGGCUCAACGGUGGUCCUGGCUGCAGCUCCAUGAUCGGCCUCUUCCAGGAACACGGCCCUUGCACUUUUAACGACGGUAGCAGCGAGCCUAAGCUCAACCCGUACUCUUGGAACAAUGUUGCAAACAUGCUUUACGUUGACCAGCCCGUCGGUGCCGGCUUCAGCUAUGGGGACAACAACGUCGCUUAUACUCAAGAUGCCGCUGUCGAUGUCUGGAACCUUGUCCAAGCCUUCUACGACCAGUUCCCUAACUACAAGUCCCGCGACUUCGGUCUCUUUACAGAGUCUUACGGUGGCCACUACGGCCCCGAAUUUGCCUACUACUUUGAGCAACAGAAUGCCGCCAUCGACGCAGGCACCCUGAGUGGCACAAAGGUUAAUCUAAUUGCUCUUGGUAUCAACAACGGCUGGAUUGACCCUGUCAAUCAGUACGAAGCGUACAUCCAGUUCGCCCUCACGAACAAGUACCGUCCGCUCAUUAACCAGUCUACAGCCGACCAGCUCACCCAGACCUGGAAGGACAAGUGUGUUCCGGCUUACAAAGGCUGCACUGCUGAUGUCAAUGACGCUUCGAACCAGGCAUGCAACCACGGCGGCUCCGUUUGCUCUAGGUAUGUCGAGUCGCAGAUUAGCGAAAACUUUGACCCCUACGACAUCCGUGCCGACAGUGACACCUACCCUCCUGGUAACUACGCCACUUGGCUUAACUCGGACUCUGUCAAGAACGCUAUUGGUGCUGUUGGACAGUACACGGAGUGUGGUGGUAGCAACAUUGGUGGGGAUGACAGCUCUCGUUCUUUCAUUACGGAGCUUCAGAGCGUUGUUAACUCUGGUAUCAACACCCUCAUGUGGGCCGGUGACGCUGACUGGAUCUGCAACUGGAUCGGCAACUUUGACGCCGCCAACACUAUUGGUGGAAGUGACUUUGCUAACCAGCAGGUUCAGCCUUUUACCGUCAGCGGUAAGCAAUACGGGGAGUUUAAGACGAAAAACAACCUCAACUGGCUCCGAGUCUACGCCGCUGGCCACGAGGUCCCUGCUUACCAGCCCGAGGCUGCUCUGGCUGCAUUUACUGCUAUUAUUAGCAAGCAGCCUCUUUCAUCUUCUUAAAUGUGAUCCCAUUGCCCAUUGUAUGGAGAAAUAUACAAAUAGUCUCUAGCUAAAAUAGCAUAUAUAUUCUCCGUCACGAUAAUUCAGUAGAAUAAUGUAUUAGUUAAUGUGAUGUUGCUAAACUGAAGUCUAGCUUUAUCUCUAAGCUUUAUAAUUAGCCCAAAAAGAAACAACUAUUCGACGUUUCUUGCAACCCUUGAUGGGAGUGAGACGUCAUGGCUUCCGAGAGUG